AUGUCGAACGGAGACCAAAAUCUGAAUGUUAUAAAGGAGAAAAUAGGCUUUAUUGGAGGGGGUAAUAUGGCAAAAGCGAUAUGUGAAGGCAUUGUUAAGAAAAAUAUAAUUAAAUACUCUCAAGUCUACAUAUCAGCUGCGAGAAAUGAAAGCUUGGAGUACUGGCAAAAGAAAGGUGCCCAUGCUACGACAAUAAAUGGAUCUGUAGUUGACGAAGCCGAUAUUAUUUUUCUUGCAGUAAAACCACACAUAUUACCUGAAGCAAUAGCAAAUAUUUUAGAUUAUAAAAAUGAGAAAGACAAAAGUUAUAAAUCAAAGUUGUUUGUUUCUAUUUUAGCUGGGAUUACUAUAGCUCAACUCGAAAGGGCUUUGGAUUUUACAGAAAAUAGAAUUAUCCGUGUGAUGCCCAAUACACCAAUGAUGGUGGGGGAAGGUUGCACAGUGUUUUGUCCAGGACAAAGAGCGACCGAAAGCGACGUAAAUGUUGUAAAAACCAUUUUGGAAGUUUCCGGUGUUUGUAAGCAAGUACCGGAGUCCUUAAUUAAUGCCGUUGGAGCCCUAUCAGGAAGUGGACCGGCAUUUGUUUACUUGAUGAUUGAAGCGCUGGCAGAUGGCGGUGUUAAACAGGGGAUUCCCAGGGAAAUGGCCGUUCAGUUUGCCGCGCAAACCGUUUUAGGCGCUUCCAAGAUGGUUUUGGAUUCUGGGAAGCACACGGGACAGUUGAAAGAUGAAGUUUGUUCUCCGGGAGGGACGACUAUAACGGGAAUUCAUGCUUUGGAAAAAGCAGGAGUAAGGGGGGCACUCAUGGAUGCGGUAGAAGCAGCAGCAAAAAAAUCUGCGGAAUUGGGAGAAAAGAAACAUUAA